GAGAGCAGACCCAGCUCGGCCGAAGUCUGGGGUUACGGUUUCCUCUGCGUGACCGUCAUCUCCCUCUGCUCGCUGGUGGGAGCCAGCGUGGUGCCCUUCAUGAAGAAGACCUUUUACAAGCGGCUGCUCCUCUACUUCAUAGCUCUGGCGAUUGGAACUCUCUACUCCAACGCCCUCUUCCAGCUCAUUCCCGAGGCGUUUGGAUUCAACCCUCAAGAAGCUUAUUACAUUUCCAAAUCCGCCGUGGUGUUCGGGGGCUUCUACCUCUUCUUCUUCACGGAGAAGGUCCUGAAGAUGCUCCUGAAGCAGAAGGACCAGCAUCACCACGGGCACAGCCACUACGGCCCUGAGGCUCUGCCGUCCAAGAAGGACCAGGAGGAGGGGGUCACCGAGAAGCUGCAGAAUGGGGACCUGGACCACAUGAUCCCACACAUAACCAGCGAGCUGGAGUGCAAGACCCCCUCCGGGGAUGAGAAGGUUGUGGUGGGCUCCCUCUCUGUCCAGGACCUGCAGGCCUCCCAGAGCGCCUGUUACUGGCUGAAGGAGGUGCGGUACUCCGACAUCGGCACGCUGGCGUGGAUGAUCACCCUCAGCGACGGCCUCCACAACUUCAUCGACGGGUUGGCCAUCGGGGCCUCCUUCACCGUCUCCGUCUUCCAAGGGAUCAGCACCUCCGUGGCCAUCCUCUGCGAGGAGUUCCCGCACGAGCUGGGGCCGGGAGCUGGCAGGCAGCUGCUGCGGUCAGCACUCGGCGCCAGCGGCCGUGGGGAGCCCACACUUGACCCCAUGCAAAAGCAGGCACUGAAUAUGAGCACCUCGUUCCCCGAAAUGAAUGAGGUCAGCCAGGAGGACGAGCAGAACGGCAGCGCGCUGAUCACCUUCGCCAUCCAGAACGCGGGGCUGCUGACGGGGUUCACCAUCAUGGUGCUGCUCACCAUGUACUCUGGCCAGAUCCAGAUAGGGUAG